AUGCACUUUUUCAAGUUUGUUGGUGAUAUAUCGCACCUGUUUAAGAGUGGUAUGUUUGACAUUAAACCGGUGUUCCCCUCUCUCUUUAGCUGGGAGAAGAAUCCGGCCGACUUUGAGCCGUACCAUCUCAAACUGGAGGAAUGCAUGUCUGCAGACCAGAUUCCCACCACGGAGCACAUCCAAGGAUACGUGAAGAAACAGAUCCAGGACGCUGCGGAUCAGGGCAUCAUGUUUGUGGGCUUCAUCCAGGAGCCAGCUGGCCUACGCCCACACGUUCUACGGCACAGAGAACCAGAGGAACCGUCCCUCUCCCUGCACUCCAGCCCCAGCUCGCUGCACGGCUCUGGGCUGACUCCCAGUCCCAGUCCCCUGGAGGAGCCGGAGCUGGGAGACGAGUCCGGAGCAGAGAACGAAGGGAAAAACGGGGGAGGUGAGGCUCUGAGAGAGGACGUGAAAGCUACUGAAGGUGGAGAUGGAGGAGAUGAUCUCUCUGUUGAGACAUCAGCCGUGUUGAAAUCAGGAUCUGGUGAAACACAGCAAGGAGAUACACUGACACACAACAACAACGACACGGCCGAAAUCACAGACACAUCUGAGAAAGCCAGCAGGUUGGCCCUGACUAAGAGUGGUGGGUUGAUCGUCUUUAUCCUUUGA